AUGACGAAGGAUAUCAUCAAGGCUUUGUGCAUGGUCAGUGUAAUCCUGACGCUGAUGGUGCCUUAUUAUGCCAUCGACACAGAGUCGCCACUGAUGGAGAUGUUUGUUCUUCACGGGUUUCAUGCAGCCAAGUACAUUGUGGCCAUCGGAUCGGUGGCGGGAUUGACCGUCAGUCUGUUGGGUUCACUCUUCCCGAUGCCAAGAGUCAUCUAUGCUAUGGCAGAUGAUGGUCUACUCUUCAGGUUUUUAGCUCAUAUCAGUGCCUACACAGAGACGCCAGUCGUGGCCUGCAUUGUCUCGGGAUUCCUGGCAGGGCUGCUCUCUUUGCUGGUCAGCCUGCGGGACCUCAUUGAGAUGAUGUCCAUUGGGACACUGUUGGCCUACACCCUGGUGUCGGUGUGCGUCCUGUUGCUUCGUUACCAGCCCGAGAGUGACAUCGACGGCUUCGUUAAGUUCCUGUCAGAGGAGGGCACCAAGAAGAAGGAGGGAGUCCUAGCCGAGUGUGAGAAGGAGGCUGCCUCCCCCAUCAGCGAGGGUGAGGACUACACGGGCCUCGACAAGAACACGUGUGGCGCCAAGAACCUGCCAUCCUUGGGGGACAACGAGAUGCUGAUCGGGAAGGCGGACAAGUCCAGCUAUGGUGUGAAUCACCCCAAUUACGGCACCGUGGACAUGAGCUCGGGCAUUGAGGCAGACACCUCGGAGAACAUCUACCUGAUAAAGCUGAAGAAGCUGAUUGGACCCCGGUACUACACCAUGAGGAUUCGCCUUGGGCUGCCCGGCAAAAUGGACCGCCCCACCUCCAUCACCGGCCGCACUGUCACCACUUGCGUGCUACUGCUCUUCAUCCUGACAUUCGUCUUCUGCUCAUUCAUCAUCUUCGGGGAGGAGUACGUUUACCAGCAGACCUGGUGGGCUCUCCUCCUGGUCAUCCUGAUGGUCUUGCUUAUCUGCUCCCUGGUAUUCAUCAUCCUCCAGCAGCCUGAAAACCCCAAGAAGCUGCCGUACAUGGCGCCCUGUGUCCCCUUUGUGCCUGCCUUUGCCAUGUUGGUAAAUAUGUACCUCAUGCUGAAGCUCUCCAGCAUCACUUGGAUCCGCUUUGCCGUUUGGUGCUUUGUAGGCUUUCUCAUUUAUUUCGGAUAUGGGAUCUGGAACAGCAGCCUGGAGAUCGGUGCGCGGCAGGAGGCUCUGAGCCAGAGCACGUAUCAGCGCUAUGACGUGGACGACAGCUUCCCAUACCCCGAGGAGGAGGACAACCAGUGGCAGGAGGCAUGGCCCGCAGCCGAGCCGAGGGGCUACCAGUCCCAGCAGGCGAUGCCGGACAUUGUGGGCAAUCACAGGACCUACGGCAGCAAAGCCAAAGGCAAAGGGAAGCAUGGCAAGACUUCAGAGGCGCUGAUUGCAAAUGACGAGCUUGACUAUUCCCCUGAAUAG